AUGCCAGGUCAAUUGAAGACUUUGAUCGGGUCAAUCAGGCGGAAGCCUGCCACAGCCCCCGAUGGCAAAAGAGACGACGAGGUAGAUCCAGUCAAUGAAAAGACUUCCAUUGGCCAUGACCUAGCUCAUAUGGGCCUCAAAAAUGCGGGAACAGUUGCAACCGCCGUAACGACACUUGCCUCCGGCGCGCCUCUAGACGACAAAGAGCUCCUGCUUGAACACGGUGUCUCAAUGCUGCAGUCAUUGCCACCCAACAGUGGCCUCAGCCAAACGGUUUCCAACAACUUUAUUGGGAUGCUAUACCAUGACCUCCCUCACCCUCCACCUACAAUGUCUGGCCCUUCAGCUAGAUACAGGCAGCAUGACGGCAGCGGCAAUAAUCCGUGGAUCCCAGAGAUGGGCAAAGCUGGCUCGGCUUACUCCCGCAGCGUGCCUCCCACCAAGCCCAAAGGUCCAAAUCUCCCAGACCCAGAACUGGUCUUUGACCAGCUUCUCAAACGGACUGGGCCAUUCCGCGAGCACCCCUCCGGUCUAAAUCGAUUUUUCUUCUCUUUUGCUACGAUCGUUAUCCAUGAGUGCUUCCAGACGUCCCGUAAGGAUCCCUGGAUCAACGAAACUUCAAGCUACGUGGAUCUGAGUACGAUAUAUGGCAAUACAGAAGUAGAACAGAAGCGGGUGAGGAGUUAUGUGAAUGGGAAGAUUUUCCCUGAUUCCAUCGCUAGUGAGAGGAUUAUGAUGAUGCCGCCUGGUGUUGUUGCUAUUCUACUAAUGUUCUCGAGAAACCACAACCAUGUUGCGGAGAAUUUAUUUACUGUCAAUGAACAAGGGAAAUACAAGCCUUGGGAGAAGCUUAAUGAUGAGCAGAAAGCUUGGCAAGACAACGAUAUCUUUCAGCUGUCUCGAAAUAUCAAUGUAGGCUAUUUUGCGACUGUGGUGUUGAAAGACUAUGUCGCCGCUAUUCUUAAUACUCCAAGAGCUAAUUCGACCUGGUCCCUUGACCUGGGUGCGGAAAUCAAGUCGGAUGGAAAGCGAAUCGAGAGAGGAACCGGCAAUGUUGUCUCUGUCGAAUUCGCAGUGCUUUACCAUUGGCAUGCUGCUCUUUCCGCAGCUGAUGACAAAUGGAUGGAGACUGUUAUAAUAUCCGCCUUGCCUGAUCUCAAAUCCCUUGAUGACAUGACCGUCGAGUUAUUCCAAAAGGUCAUGAUGACUUACGGUCAUAAGCUCAUGACAACCGAGCCGAAAAAUUGGACAUUUGGAGGUCUGGAAAGGGGACCAGAUGGGAGUUUCAGUGACGUUGAUAUUGCAGAGAUUCUUAAGAACUGUGUAUACGAGCCGGCACAUGCUUUCGGAGCGCAUGGUACUCCUGCUAGUCUGAAGAUUGUUGAUAUCAUGGGUCAAUUGCAAGCCAGAGAUAUUUUCAAUGUCUGCACUAUGAAUGAAUUCCGUCGAUACCUUAACUUGAAGCCCUACGAGAGUUUCGAAGAUUGGAAUCCAGACGAGAAGACUGCCAGAGCUGCCGAACUGCUUUAUGGCCACAUCGAAAACCUAGAACUCUACCCUGGUCUGAUGGCCGAGGUCACAAAGCCGGCUAUGCCAGGUUCCGGUGUCUGUCCGGGUCAUACAUCAGGACGAGGUAUUCUUGACGAUGCUGUCGCUCUUGUCCGUGGAGAUCGGUUCCUGAGCUAUGACUUCAACAGUACUACUCUAACCAACUGGGGAUUCGCUAAAGUUGGUACGAUACUUCCGGGAGGCUAUGGUGGUAUGCUACCUUAUUUGCUGUUCAAUGGUCUUCCAGGCGCAUACACUGGCACUUCUCCAUACGCACUACUUCCUUUCUAUACCCCGUCGGCAGCAAAGGGCAUAUUGAAGCAAAACAAGACCAUCCAACUCUACGAUAUGGAGAGACCGGCAAGUGACAUGAAAGUUAUCGGCAUUCAUACCCACGAAGGCUGUAAAAAGAUAUUUGAGGACCGAGAAGUUUUCCGAGUUAUGUAUCAAAAGGCCAUCCGCCAAUGCACGGACAAUCAUGAUUUCAUGAUUGGGUGGGAUGAUAAUAAACGUCACGAUGCCCGUUCCAGCAUCCUCCACAAAGUAUUAUUCGAAGAGAACUUUGAGGCUAACAUUACCAAAUUCUUCAGAACUAAUGUCGCCAAGCUCAUCAAGGACCAUUCAUUGAAGUACUCUAAUAGCACCAGAAGGUCAAUUGACAUCGUACGCGAUGUCACAAAUGUCACACCAAUCCUCUGGUUAGCUGAAAGAUUCGCUAUCCCUCUCAAGACGAAAGAGCACCCAGCUGGCCUGUUAUCAAUCCCCGAAGCAUUCAUGAUCUACCUCGUGCUGUUCAUGUACCAGAGCUUCAACGUCAUUCCCGCAAACGAGUGGAAAUUGAGGGAAGGGGCAACAAAAGCCGCGCCUGUUCUUCGAGGAAUAUUCGAGGCCCAUUUGAAGACGCAGCAAGGCAUCAAAGAAGGCGUAGUCGACUGGCUCGCCAAAGGCAGCGCCUUUGAAGUUGGCCCCGAAGCCGACAGACUCUACCACGCUCUCAACAACUCCAAACUGCCCAUUGGAGACCUAGUCGGCGACUGCAUCGGCAUGGGCGCUCCCGUCGCCGGAAACCUGACCCAGCAAGCCUCCCUCCUCAUCGACCUCUUCCUCAGCGAAGGCUACGAGGAAUACAAAGCCCGCAUCAUCGAGCUCGCACACAAAGACGACGCCGCCUCAGAGCGCGAACUCCAAGGCUUCGUCUUCGAAGGCAUGCGCCACGCCGGCGUGGUCCCCGGCCUCCCGCGCGUCGCCUCCAGAAACAUCACGGUCCUAGACGGCGCGCGGGGGCCCGUAGCCAUCAAAGCCGGACACACGAUCCUGAUCGCGACGUCUAAAGCAGCCAUGGACCCCGUGCAGUUCCCCAACCCGGAGAAGCUCAACCCGCACCGGCCGUUCUCCGACUACAUCUUGCUGGGCCACGGCAUGCAUUACUGUUUCGGGGCACGGCUGGUGGGGAGUUCGCUGGCGGCGACGCUGAAGGAGGUUUUUAAGCUGAAGAAUAUCAGGAGGGCGGGGGGGAGACAGGGGCAUUUUACGGUGGUCGAGCAUGAGUUUGCGGGGGUUAAGAUGAGGCAGUAUUUGGAUGGGAGUGCGAAGGAGAGUCCGAUUCCUACGACGCUUACAUUGGAGUAUGAUGAGUGA